AUGAUCCAUCCAAAGAAGCUUGCUCAGCUGGCCAAGAAGUGGCAGAGGAAGGUCGCGGCUGGGGCUGGUGGCCAGCAAGCCGACGAGUGCUGCAGCACAGUUGCUGACAAGGGCCAUUGCGUGGUGUACUCCGCCGAUGGGGCGCGGUUCGAGGUCCCGCUGGCGUACCUCGGCACGACAGUCUUCGUCGAACUCCUGAGGAUGGCUGAGGAGGAGUUUGGCUUCGCGAGCAGCGAGGGAGGCAGGAUCAUGCUGCCCUGCGAUGCCACGGUUAUAGAGUAUGUCUUGUGCCUAGUCAGAAGAGACGCCUCCGAGGAGGUCGAGAGAGCGUUCUUGAGUUCCAUUGCUGGGCAUUGCCAUGGCCAAGAUGCAUCGAUGGGACUCACCCAUCAAUUUGCUCUUUGUACGUAGCUAAGCUACUGAAAAUCUGUUUUUUUUUGCCUAAUCGGUAGAAGUUUGUACAGCCCGAUGUAAGAUUCUAUAUCAUAGGAAAUGAUAUAAAAUGAAAGAAAUCUGCUAA